ACUUGUUUACGGUGACGUCACGGCGCAGUCUCUCUGGGUGGCGGCAGACAGUCUGUCAGCGUCUCAAGCACGACUUCGAAUAAAACCGUGAAAACACGGAACAUUAACACAAACAUGAAUCUACAUCGCAGCUAAAGAAUCCAAUGGGAAGACAGAGUCUGGCUGUGCGCAUACUGAAAGAAAGUGCUUAGAGUCACCUGAGAAGUUGUACAAUGCAGUGAACCAAAUGGGGCAUUGCAGUACCCGAAUCAUCGUCCUAUUCCUGCUUCAAUUCUUACGGACAUCAGCUAAAGAUGUCUCCAUUGACUGCUUGUGUGUCGGCAGUGACUGUAAUGAGCAGCAGUGCACUGGAGACCAGUGUUACACCUCUGUUAUCAUUAGCAAUGAUGUGACAACGUUCAAACGUGGCUGUCUUGUCGGGUCAGAGAGCAAGCGCAUGACCUGCUCCGCAACACCCUCUGCUAGUCAUGUCGUAGAAUGCUGCUCUCAACACAUGUGCAACGCCAAUGUCUCGAAAGAGACCCUUCUUCGACUACUGCUGACAGAAGAAGAGGCAGCUGUGCAUUACCGUGUGGAGAUGCUGGUUCUCUUUGUGUUGGGGCCGUUUGUGGUUCUGGGAUUGCUAUCUGUGCUGGCUUUGCUGGUGUGCCGUAGACUCCAUCAUGGGCGUCUGGAAAGACUGCAUGAGUUUGACACUGAGCAGGGGGCCAUUGACGGGCUCAUUGCAUCUAAUGUCGGAGACAGCACACUUGCGGAUCUGAUGGAUCACUCCUGCACUUCAGGCAGUGGUUCUGGACUGCCCUUCCUGGUGCAGAGGACGGUUGCACGGCAGAUCAGCCUGGUAGAGUGUGUUGGUAAGGGACGGUAUGGGGAAGUGUGGAGAGGUCAGUGGCAAGGAGAGAAUGUAGCCGUGAAGAUCUUCUCCUCCAGAGAUGAAAAGUCAUGGUUUAGAGAGACAGAAAUAUACAACACUGUUCUACUACGACAUGAAAAUAUAUUAGGAUUCAUGGCUUCUGAUAUGACCUCCCGAAACUCUAGCACUCAGCUGUGGCUCAUCACACACUACCACGAAAACGGCUCUCUUUACGACUACCUGCAGCGUGUUGCCGUGGAGAUGGCAGAUGGACUGCACAUGGCGGCGUCAGUAGCCAGCGGGCUGGUGCACCUGCACACGGAGAUCUUUGGCACUGAGGGCAAACCGGCCAUCGCUCACAGAGACCUGAAGAGCAAAAACAUCCUGGUGAAGAAAGAUCUGCAGUGCUGCAUCGCUGACCUAGGUCUGGCAGUAACACACACGCAGUCUGACAAUCAGCUGGAUGUGGGAAAUAAUCCUAAAGUGGGAACUAAGCGCUACAUGGCACCGGAGGUUCUGGAUGAGACCAUUCAGACAGACUGUUUCGAUGCCUAUAAGAGGGUGGACAUCUGGGCCUUUGGAUUGGUGCUGUGGGAGAUCGCUCGCAGGACCAUCAGUAAUGGAAUUGUUGAGGAAUACAAGCCGCCUUUCUACGACCUGGUGCCUAAUGACCCCAGCUUUGACGACAUGAGGAAAGUGGUUUGUGUGGAGCAGCAAAGGCCGUUCAUUCCCAACCGCUGGUUUUCAGAUCCUACCCUGUCUGCUCUGGUAAAGCUGAUGAAAGAGUGCUGGUACCAGAACCCCUCGGCUCGACUCACUGCCCUGCGCAUCAAAAAGACUCUGGAUAAGAUCCACAGCUCACUGGAGAAGGGCAAAACCGAUUGCUGAGGAGAGAGGGCCGCAGAACUACUGACCACACAUUAUACAGACACUGUGUGUAACCAGACCGUUGGAUUUGAGCACUAGCAUCUGUCCCAACUCUAACAUGCUGUUUAUUUGCUUUGUUCUUCCUGUCCAUUGGCCUAAAAACGUUUUAUAGAGAAUUAUGCUCUCUUUUAUGGAUCAUUUUUCCCACUGAACCCGGUGGGACUCCCAUUUCCCCUCCAGAAACAGCAUAAAGGAGAAAAAUAUGGACACGGUCUGACAGGCCUUGAAUUGAACCUUCCAUCAUGGAAUUUUUUUUUUUUUGCACCAUCACAUUGUCUAUUUAACCACUGGCAAACUUUUAAGAUUUCUACUUUUCGGGAAAACGAAGAGGACAGAAACACGUGCUGAAAUGCAAUCAGUACCCAUAGUGUGUGUGUGUGUGUAUGUGUGCGCAUGACAACCAGAAGAACUUUAUAGCUGUAAUGUCACUUGCUUUUAGAAAUCAGAUGUUUUUGAGCUUUUCAAAGGUUCUUGUAGAAAAAUAGGCAGAAGUCAGUCACAGUUUCUGAAUUUGCUAUUGUGGACUUGUUAUAAAGCUCUUUGGUUACAAAAUGCCAAUAUAUGUACAGUAGAAAUUAGGCCUGUUUAGUGAUCAGAAUGGAGUGGUUAGAGAGAGUUCACCCAAAAUUGAAAAAUGUGUGAUCAGCGUGAACAUUUAAAGAAUGUUCACGCUGCUCUUUUUCCAUGCAGUGAGUGCAUUUAUUGACCAGGGACUGUCAACCUCCCUGAAAGUGAAAGAAACAUAGGAAAAAUGGUCAUAUGGUUAAUGGAACGACAUGAGGAUGAGUAAAUGGGGACAGAACUUUAAUAUAUUUUUUGGGUGAACUAUCCCUUUAUCCCUUUACUCUGGUCUUGCUCAGAGCACCCCAUGAGGGCUUCCUUUGACACAAGGCCUUUCUGACCUGUUGCCUCUAUGCCUGCCUGACAAAAGCCAUUUGUAGCACAUCGUGCUUUUUUGUAGCAGUUUGUCUUUCUCUUUGCCUUCACCGGCAUGUGUACUUGACGUUUCUUCACUGACAAUCAGCCGCUGUCCAUUAGGGCCUGAAUUAUUUGCUAAUGUUAUGUACAAAACCCUACUUAUUAUGAGUGUUCAAGGUGACUUGUCAACACGCUAACAGAGCUAGUCAUAGUCAUAAACAGUCUCUGGUUUUGUGAAUUUGCAUAUUUGUUUACCCUCACGCUUUUUGACACUUUUGUAUUACAGUUUUCAACAUACAGCAUAAACCGAGAGAAUGCUGAAGAUUUUUAACGUUUU